GUGUCUUGUUACAGUUUGAAGUCCAAAAUUAGGGAGGCACCCCAACGGCAAAUGACGCAAGAAGGCUAAAGUGGACAGUCUACUCGUCUCUGUGUGUAAUGGUGCCAGGACUCAGGACCAUGGAAACCUUCCCUACAACUUUGCUGUUGUUGAUGACAUGGAGGGUAUUUUUAGAUGUUGUCAUCUUUCCGUAACAGCCCGGCUGCGCCGUUCAGUAUAAAGGACUCCUUCAAAAUGCAGUUGUACAACAGUGCGCUGACACACUACCCGAGAUCGUCUCGCAAAGUUACAUUAACUUUAUUGACUGGAUCUGAGCGUUUAAACGGGACAACACCGAGCUCCCCUGACGCCCAUAAACCAGAGUUUACACAGCCAGGCGCAACUUCAACGACCAACGGGGACCCGGUGAGAGAGACCGCUUCUUCCGCUAACAUGCCUGCUUUUUCAUGUUACGAAGCUUCAUCUAUGAGGCCAGUUUACUUCACGUCGACUGCUGAGAUAUUAAUCCGCAGACCUGAUGGAGUGGAGAGGUCUCUGCCUGUCCAUGUCAUGAGGGAGUCCACGACUAAACCCCCCUCUCCAGACUCACAGCAUGGUAAACGUAUUCUCUGUGAUGACUGUGACUCAGAUGUGAUUGUGGACUUGAUAGAUCAUCUUAGAAAUGGGACGGAUGCGCUUUUUCCUGACUGCCCAGAGCUGGUUGAAAAUCCCCGUUUCCACAGUAACAGCAUCUGUAGACCCAGAAUUGAAGAAAACAAGAGGGGGGUUGGAAAUUCAAGAGAGGAUGAUACCGUUUCAGUGACUAAUGCCCCGUUCAGAAACAAUGGAUGGGACUUAUUACAUGAAGAGGAGCUAAUUCCCUCCAGAGCAGAUCAGCCUGAAGACCUCAUAAAGGGAGAUUUUAGUGAUCUCAGCUGUGGCAAAGCUGCUCCAGCAUCAGAUGAGAGACGGGCCUUUGAGCUCAGCGUUCUGCAGGAGUCCCCACAGAGAUGUCAAGAGAGAGAGGAAACCAACAAUAAAGUCACCCGGUACCUGGCUGAAGUGGAGAAACAAAACAAGUACCUUCAGGAGAGGCAUAAAUACAGGUACCACAUCAUUCCAGAUGGCAACUGUCUGUACAGAGCUGUGUGCAAAGCCACGUACGGGGACCAGGCGAGGCACAGGGAGCUGAGGGAGCAGACGGUGCACCACAUCGCUGACCACUUGGUAGAGUUCAACCACAUCAUUGAAGGGGACGUAGGAGAGUUCCUGAUCAACGCAGCGCAGGAUGGUGCCUGGGCGGGGUACCCGGAGCUUCUCGCCAUGAGCCAGAUCCUGAAUGUCAACAUUCACCUGACGACAGGGGGGAGUUUGGAGAGCCCCACCGUCUCCACCAUGGUGCACUAUCUUGGGGAGGACGAUGCUUCCAAAGCGGCUAUCUGGCUGAGUUGGCUGAGCAAUGGUCACUAUGACGUCCUUCUAGACAUGUGUCUCUGUAACCCAGAGUAUGAGGACUGGUGCAGACACUCGCAAAUGCAGAGGAAACGAGAUGAGGACCUGGCAAAGUCGAUGGCAGCCUCUUUAUCCAAAAUGUACAUAGAGCAAAAUGGAUCUGUGUGAAAGAAAUACUGUAUGUUGAGAAUUAAAGGAUGCACACUGAUACUAGACUGCAGAACCACUGAUUCUGUUUGGUUUCUACAUGCUUGAAAUUAUAUUUUUAUAAGAUUUAUAUCGUGAGAGAAAGAAAGUGCCGUGCACAUACUUUGGUUUUUGUAUAUGCCAGGUUUGCCAAAUUAGUGGCAGUGGUUUCUAAAAGUGUGGGAGCCUGUCCAUUUUGAUAGUUUUGGGUUAUGUUGACAUGAUUGGAAUUUUUUAAUUCUGAUCAGUUACUGUACAUAGAAGUGCUUUUGAGUAUUUAUUUGCUUUUUAUUUGUAGACUUGCUAUUUUUCUGUACUAUUUGUGCUUUGUAGACCAUUGCCAAUUACAGGGACACUUUGUUUGCCAUUUGUCACUAUAGCUGCUGUCUAAUAUCUGUAUUUCUACUCCUUUUUGCACAAAAGUCCUAUCCGACAAGUCCAGAGGGUUUAAAUAGUGUCUGUGAGAACAAUUUAACGGUUCUUUUUAAUUAUUCCAGUUCUUUUGACAAAAUAUUUCAAAAUAAAGUUUUGAAGAAACCUGA